UCACACCCUCCCCCUCGCUUCCUGGUGCACUUCCACACACCGCAUCUCUCUCAUGAAGUCUUCCUCUACGUCCAGGGGGCGGAAAAAGUUGCCGGGGGGAUCAUCUUCCCGGCAACAUGGCGACGGUGGGGAUAUCGAGGCGGCCAUCGUCACCCGAGACGAGCGUCAGAAAAACCCCAAGUUCGGCGAUCUUCUCGAACAGGCCGAGGAGCAAGCCAUCACGAGGCUGGAGACCCCAGCGGGACCCUCGUCAUCUGAACGUCGACUGGUGGCGAUGGAGGAGGGAAUCCGGGAAAUACCGUUCGUCUUAUCUUUCACGGACCUCUCCUACAGUAUUCGCGUCCGCCGGAUGUCGCUCACAGGAGGGUGCAAGCGCACCCUACCUUCGGCAUGCGCAGACUCCGUCGAGGUGGUGGCCGACCCGGAAACACGAGUACUUUUGAACCAGAUAUCUGGCGAGGCACGCGACGGCGAGAUCCUGGCAGUGUUGGGUGCCAGCGGAUCGGGGAAGUCGACGCUUAUCGACGCCCUGGCCAACCGGAUCGCCAGGGGGAGCCUUCGGGGCACCGUGACGCUCAACGGCGAGGCGGUCGAGGGGCGGCUGAUGCGGUCUAUCUCUGCUUACGUGAUGCAGGACGAUCUCCUCUUCCCGAUGCUCACCGUGGAGGAGACGCUCACCUUCGCCGCUGAGUUCAGGUUGCCUCAGACCGUCUCCAAGGAGAAGAAGCGCGAGCGGGUGGAGGCCCUCAUCGACCAACUGGACCUUCGCCGUGCGGUAAAGACCGUCAUCGGAGACGAGGGCCACCGAGGAGUCUCUGGCGGAGAGCGACGGCGCGUGUCGAUCGGAAUCGACAUCAUCCAUGACCCGAUUCUCCUGUUCCUGGACGAGCCCACAUCUGGGCUCGACUCCACCAGCGCCUUCAUGGUCGUCAAGGUCCUUCAGAGGAUCGCCCGCACCGGCAGCAUCGUCAUCAUGUCCAUCCACCAGCCGAGCUCCAGGAUCGUUGGCCUCCUCGACCGCAUGAUCUUCCUCUCACGCGGCCACACCGUCUACAACGGACCGCCGUCCGGCCUCUCCGGCUUCCUGUCAGACUUCGGCCACCGGGUGCCGGAAAACGAGAACCACGUCGAGUUCGCUCUCGACCUCAUCCGCGAGCUCGAGGCGAGCUCCAGCGGGAUCAAGGUCCUCGUGGACUUCUACAAGUCCUGGAAGAGCAACCAACCCUCUCACUCACGAGACUCCAAAAAGCGGAAGGGCAAGGGCAUGACCCUCAAGGCCGCCAUCAACGCGAGCAUCUCCCGCGGGAAGCUCGUCUCCGCAAACACCAAAGAAGGCUGCGGGAGAUCGCCGGAAUUCGCCAAUCCAUUCUGGAGGGAGACGAUCAUACUCACCAAGCGGUCGAUGUUGAACACUCACCGGAUGCCGGAGCUGUUCGUCAUGCGUCUCGUCAUGGUGAUCGUCACCGGCUUCAUCCUCGCCACCAUCUUUUGGCAACUGGACACCACGCCCAAGGGCGUCAGGGAGCGGCUGAGCUUCUUAGCCUUCGCCAUGUCCACCAUCUUCUACACCUGCGCCGACGCCCUGCCGGUGUUCCUCCAGGAGCGCUACAUCUUCAUGAGGGAGACCGCCUACAACGCCUACCGCCGCUCCUCCUACGUCCUCUCCAAUGCCAUCGUCACCGCUCCUCCCCUCAUGAUCCACUCCCUCGCCUUCGCCGCCAUUACCUUCUUCGCGGUGGGCCUCGCCGGAGGGGGGGAGGCCUUCCUUUACUUCUUCGCCAUGACCUUCGCCUCCUACUGGGCCGGAAGCGGGAUGGUCACCUUCUUCUCCGGCGUCAUCUCGCAUGUCAUGUUGGGCUACACGGUGGUGGUGGCCAUCCUGGCGUACUACGUUCUCUUCAGCGGCUUCUUCAUCAACAGGGACAGAAUACCACCGUACUGGAUUUGGUUCCACUACCUCUCGCUGGUGAAGUAUUCCUACGAGGGUGUGCUCCACAACGAGUUUGCCAGGACGUCGAGGUGCUUCUCCACGGGGAGGCAGAUGUUCGACAACACGCCAUUGAAGGAUCUGAGCGACGACGCCAAGGCGGUGCUGCUCAAGCAGCUGAGCGGAUCGCUGGGAGGGAACAUAACGCUGACUACGUGCUUGACGACGGGGUCGGACAUACUGAAGCAGCAGAGCGUGACACAGCUGAGCAGGUGGAACUGCUUCUGGAUCACGAUAGCGUGGGGAUUCUUCUUCAGGCUGCUGUUCUACGUCGCCUUGUUGAUUGGCAGCAAGAAUAAGAGAAGGUGAAGAACGUCUAUUCUCGGCGCCGGCGCCGGCGACGGCGCCGGUGGUCACUCGCUGGUGGUGGAGUUUGUGCUUUCUCCUUUUGACUUUUACAGUUAUGAUUGAUAAUUUUGCCUUCUUUUUUCUUCCUUUGUAUUUUAAUGAUUUGAAUUAUAUUGGCUUGGUUGGUGGAGGAAAAUGAAACUUAAAGAGGGAGAUAGUCUAUGGUGUUUAGGGCACGUAUAUGUAUUAGACUGUACUUAAGAGAAAAGAUUAUUAAUUGAUUUAAAAAUACUUUCUAAUUCAACUGUAUCUCAGCCAAGAUGCAGCAUAGAACUCCAAAAUCAAGAGAAAUGAGUGGAUCUUCCUUUUCGAACAGUGAAUUGUUAAUCUAUUGAGCCGAAGAACUCAUUUAUUGAAAUAGAUUCCAAAAUUAAUUUACACUCUAGAUAAUUGUUUCUUGUUUGAUACUUAGUGAUUGUAAUUUCAAUGAAAUGCAUUUUAUGUUAUAA